AUGGAUCCGUAUUAUACUACAUGGACUGAACACGGUGAAGUGCUAGUUAAUGAUCCUAUAAUGCCUUAUUUCCUACCAAAUAACUUGCAUGAGGCUGGCUCAUCUAGUGCUUCCGCCAGCCCUUAUAUGGAUCCCACGUUGAACAUGCUACAUGAUACUUUUCCAUAUGCUUCAAGAUAUCAUCAGGAAGAGAAUUUUGAUGCACCCCAGGAAACAUAUUCUACUUUCUCGAACCCAAACACUGGUGAUUACGAUAAGUACAACAGAAUGCUCGAAGAAGCGCAGACCCCAGUGUACGAGGGAUGUUCAGAAACUGUUUUGAGUUCUCUCAUGGAACAUAUGAGUCUGAAAAAGAAGCACAUGACCUCGAACGAACAUUUUGAUGACGUAUCAUCAUUUAUCAGACGUUUGCUUCCUCCUGCAAACAAACUACCAUCGAGUCAUUACAAUGCAAAAAAGAUCCUGAAUGACCUCGGUCUUGGUUAUGUGAAAAUUGAAGCUUGUAAGAAUAAUUGUGUUCUGUUUUACGGAGAUUACAAAGACGCAUUUAGAUGUCCUAAGUGUAAUGCGUCGAGGUGGGAAGAUACUCUUUCCCCUAAAGGGAAAAUGAUUCCUAUGAAGGUGCUUCGUUAUUUCCCGUUGACUCCUAGGCUGCAGCGCCUCUACAUGUGUGGAAAAACUGCUGAGGAUAUGAGAUGGCACGGUAUUCCGAGGGAAGAUGACGAUGCGCUGAUACACCCCGCAAAUGGGGAAGCAUGGAAAUCAUUUGACUUAUCAUUUCCUGAUUUCGCUGCAGACGUUCGAAAUGUAAAGCUCGGACUCUCAACAGACGGGUUUAAUCCCUAUGGAAACAUGAACUUGUCUUACAGUAUCUGGCCUGUUAUUGUUGUUUGUUACAACCUGCCUCCCUGGAUGUUAAUGAAGAAGGAAUAUAACAUAUUGGCUCUGUUAAUUCCAGGACCAAAGUCUCCAGGUAAGUGUCUCGAUGUGUAUUUGAGACCACUGAUUGAUGAGUUGAAUGGGUUAUGGGAAAAUGGAGCAUUGACUUUUGACAAGCUUACCGGUACUUCAUUCAUGAUGAGAGCAUCACUGAUGUGGACUAUUAGCAAUUUUCCUGGUUACGGGAUGUUGUCCUCUCAUACCACUAAAGGGUACAAAGCUUGUCCACUCUGCUUAACCGACAUCAAUUCUAGUUGGCACGCUGAUAGGGUGUGUUAUAUGGGAGCUCGUAGAUGGCUUCCAGAUGAUCAUGAAUGGAGACUUGAUGCAGUUAACUUCGAUGGGAAACAAGAGUUUGGUCUGAAACCCCGAGAAUGGAGUGGCGAUGAAAUUUUAGAUUUGUUGAACUCCUUUGACUUCGGAACUCUGAGCAGUGAUCGUGAAGUAUUGGCUCGGAAUCCUAAACGUCCUUCGUAUCUUGCAAAUUGGACACACAAGAGUAUAUUCUUUUAG